AUGGAGGCGAAUCGACAAGAAGCACAACGGUGUAUGGACAUAGCCCGAGAGGCACUGCGUUCGAAUGAUGCCUCGAAAGCGAUCAAAUUUUUGCACAAAGCCGUUAAAUUAGAUCCAUCCUCAGAUAUACGAUAUUUGCUAGAAAAAGCAAAGCACAUGAACCAGGAUUCAGACGAAUCAAAAGAUUCGAAUCCCACCGGAACCGAAAACGGUUAUGGUCAUUAUGAUCAGUAUGAGAAGGAAUCAGAGGUACGCAGCCGACGAAAAUCAUCAUCCUCACAAUUUCACCCAAGUCGUAGUCAACCGUCAAUGAAUACAACCGAACGCGGAUGCCCUGAUGGAGCAGAUGAAGGUUCGUCAAGCAGCACUGAACAGAAGAGAACACGAUCCCGAUCGGCUGGAAGAGCCGUACUUGGUGUGCAUUACACGAAGGAAGAAGCCGCAACUGUGGACAGAAUUCGUCACUGUAAAGAUUACUACGAAAUAUUGAAUUUGAAAAAAGACGCGACUGAGUCUCAACUGAAGCGUGAGUAUCGUAAGCUUGCACUUCAACUUCAUCCUGAUAAAUGUCGCGCACCCGGAGCCACAGAAGCUUUCAAAGCACUAGGCAAUGCGUACGCAGUUUUGUCGAAUAAAGAAAAACGAGCCCAGUAUGAUUUGUACGGAGCGGAUGGCCCACGACGACGAAACAAUGAUAAUGAGUUUUAUGAAUACGAUUAUGGACGAGGAUUUGAAGCCGAAUUCACACCAGAAGAGAUCUUCAAUAUGUUCUUCGGUGGUGGGUAUCCAUCAUCGGAUCUCAACAGGAGGUUCCGUCAUACUCAAACACAUUUCCAUCACGCACACCCAACGCAACAAGAACAGUCACCAUACGGUCCGAUUCUACAACUGUUACCACUGUUCGCCGUUCUUCUUUUGGGUUUCAUUGCGCAACUGAUGGUCGGUGAUCCAGCAUUCCAAUUGAACCGUGAUUCGAAAUAUUCUGAAGAGCGUUUCACAAAGGAUCUACGAGUUCCGUACUAUGUGAAGACAGAUUUUUUGAGUAAUUAUCGUAAUCGACUGUCGCAAGUGGAACGUCAGGUUGAAGAUGAUUACAUAUCGCAGUUGAAGAUGAGUUGUUAUCGAGAGCGUAGUUCAAAAGAAACACUGGAGUGGCGAGCAAGAGCACUUGGCGAUGCGGGUAUGUGGAGUAGAGCACAGCAAAUGACCUUACCGAGUUGUAUGAAACUGCAGCAGAUUUACGGUUGA